GCGUGCACGCCAACGUCGACGACACGACACCACCGGGAGGCCAUCGCGCUUACCUUUUGACGCAGAGGCAAAAAAAACAGACACCCAAAUAGCAGCAGGAAGACGAAGAAGGGAUCGCGCAGGUUCUUCUCCCCUGCUUGCAGCUCGUUAUCCCCGCAGUCCAAAUGAGGCGAGACGGGCGGGGUGCAGCGGCGCUUGGCGUGGGCCCCUCCCGCACCCACGAGCACAUCCACCAGCGGUCGGGGAGAGUCACGUCGAGCCGGGAUGGAUGAAUGACUAGAUGGCCGGACGGACGGACGGACGGAUGAGUGGAUGGUGGUCCCCGACAAGCAGACCGCCAAUCCCCAAAAUAUACCAAACAAGUGGCUCCUCCUACUGCACUUUUGCGGUGGUUCUGUGAUGAGCAGGCAUGCAUGGAAACUUGCCCGCGUUUUUGAGUGGCCACAUGACGUCUUCAGGGGUUCCUGUGCACAGAGAUUUGGGAGGCGGGCGGGGGGGUGGGGGGGGGGAAGCUGGUGCUUGCCGCAGAGCGCGAGGGAGGACGAUUGCCACUACAAUGGCGCCCCCUGGCAGGCCAUGUGGACGACGUGUAAUCACUCCGUUUUUGGCUUUGAUUAUCAUGAUUGAGUUGGCAAGUGUUUCAUGUAUUUGAAGUUGUUAUUCUUUUUUUUAAUGAUCAUUUCUGAUAUUUCUUUUCCAAUUAUAUUCUGGAUUUUAUAUACUUGUGGCUGCCAAAAUGUACAACCAUGUGGACCGGUUACAUUUUUUUAGGCACUUCAGACUGUGGGCGACCUAUUAGCAUGUCGGCCUGGCAGUGCAAUGCUCGAGGGUUCGAACCCGGGCUGCCUGUGUGGAGUUUGCAUGUUGUGUGGCUUUUUUCAGGGUGUUCUGUUGCCUCCCACAUUCCAAAACCACGCAUGCUCGGUUAAUCAAUCACCUCAAAUUGACUUUCGGUGUGAUUGUGACUGCAAAUGGUUGUCUCUGUGUGCCCUGCCAUUGGCUGGUAGCCAGUUCAGGGUCAGGGUGCCUACUGCCCGAAAUCGUGAUUGUUUUUGUUAUGCUAACUACUUGAAAGUGGUCCAGCUUUGUGCAGAAUAAUGAGUUGUUGUUUUUUUUGUUAAACAUUCAUAUGAUAGUUUUCAGGCAUUUGAUUUUGUUCCAUCAAAGCUCAUCACGCAGAGAUCAUCAGUACAAAAACAAUACUGAAAAAUACUCACUGACAACAUUCUUCAUCAUGAUUAAAAUAUUACACGAUAAGCAGGCGGGUACAAUCUUAAAACGCAUUUACAAGCAAACAUUGGUCACCCUCAUAUCACGACAUUCAGAUAUGCUAAGCAGAUAAAGAAGCAAACAAUCGUAUAUUUUAUCAACUUGAACAGGAGACGAGAGAAGCGUGGUAAACUCUGGAAUGGUCGCCAAUCAGUCACUCGGCACAUCUGGAGAAGCGACUAUUCAUUGUCCCGAUGUAACGGGGCAUGUUUUGGGCCCAAAUUCAAACAGCCAAAAUCUCGACUGAAGACGCCAGAGUCGAGGUGGCCUAUAGACGUCAAUGGUUGUUGGACUACACGUGCCCGGCGGCCGGUGCGGGGCGCAUCCCGCUUAUGUUACCAAAUCAGCUGAGGUAGGUCAGUCUUUGGAGGUUUAUCACACAACUGCAAUAAAACAAUCCAACCAACAUGUGUUAUUGAGGGUAUUGCGUAAGUGGCAGAUGGGAGGAAACCAUGAGUGGCGCGUUACCUUUCAGUCCGUUUGUUUGCAGCCAGCAUGAAGCGCUUGUUCCUGGCGUCUCUGUGCCUCCUGUGUUUGUAUGCUAGCCUGAGCAGUGAGCUGAAUGGGGAGGAGGGCUUGAUGCUUCUCGCGGGACCACUUCAGUCCCAGGAGAACGUCUUUCACUGCGGUGGUCCCAUCCCUCCCGGAUCCGGACGCUACUUUGACUCCCUGCGGGGAAGAGGUCUCACCCAUUUCCAAGUGCCCCUGUCCUGGCACCGACUCCUGCCGUCAGGCCACCCCAGGCAGCCCCAACGAGCCGUGGUCAGCUGCUACCGGACCCUGCUGAAGCAGAUCUUGAGUGCGGGUCUCCAGCCUCUUGUCAUCCUUCACGCAUCCGCAGUGCCAGAAGAUCUGAAGUCACAGUUUGGAGGAUGGGAAAGCCCGGAUCUGCGGGGGAUGUUUGCCCUCUACGCAGAGUUUUCCUUUCGAGAGUUUGGGGAGUUGGCCCGCUCCUGGGUGAUACUCAGCCAUCUGGGUGAAGUUUGGCGCGAUGGACCACCACCACCCGAUGAGACUUAUCGGCAAGAUCUCAUUCAGUUGAUCCGGAAUAUUUACCAACUUUACCAUCGUCGCUUUGGAGACCAAGGGAAAGUUUCUGUUGGGUGGAGCGCAAGUGAUAACGGGCUUCUUUCACCGAUCCAAACUUCACUCACAAUGGACUUCCUGUCACUGCGUUUCGAGUCCAACUGUGCCUCCACGUUUAAUUUGACUGAGGAGCUGUCCAAGUUGAAGAUGACCAGUCAGAAUGUGCCCAUCCUCAUACACAAGAUGACACUCUGUGAUUGUGCUGACAGUCGCUUGCAGGUGCUCGGAAAUGUCUUACAAGUACUCCGUGGCAACAGUAUGAAAAUAGAAGGAUGUGACAUGAUGGACGUGUUAGGCACGAUGGAGACGGAGGAUCUGCCUACCAGCCCCGGCGUUCUUGGCUAUUCCAGCGGAAGGACAAACAGUUACCAGACUGUCUGGGAUAAAUUUGGGGUCCAGCUUGAAUCCGAACGUGACCUUUUCCUCAACGGAUCCUUCCCCUCGGAUUUCCAGUGGGCCACCUCCAGUGAGUCCUUCAAAGUGGAAGGAGGCUGGGCCGAAGGUGGCAAGGGAGAAACCAUUUGGGAUCGCUUCGGCCACGAAAAUAAAGUGUUUGCUAAUCAGACGGCCGAUCAAGCUUGCGACAGUUAUCACAAGGUGGAUUACGACGUCUACCUCCUGCGAGGUCUCCGCGUCAACACCUACCAGUUUUCCAUCUCGUGGGCCCGUGUUUUGCCCUCAGGCUACCGGAGGAGCCGGUCUCAUAAAGGAGUGCUCUACUACCAAAAACUAAUCGAUGCUCUCAUUGAGUCGGGAAUACGACCGGUCGUCACCCUGUUCCACUGGGACCUGCCCCAGGAGCUCCAGAAUCAGGGCGGAUGGACAAACUCUUCCAUUAUUGAAGCCUUCAAGGACUACGCCGACUUCUGCUACUCCGCUUUCGGAGACAGGGUCAAGACCUGGAACACGUUUAGUAGUCCUUGGGUGGUGAGCCACGCCGGCUAUGCCGUGGGCAAGCACCCCCCCGAAGUCCAGGAUUAUGGGAUGGCCUCCUACCAGGUGACUCACAACAUAAUCAAGUCCCACGCUGAGGCCUGGCACGUUUACAAUGACAAAUACAGAAGCAGACAAGGCGGCGAGGUGGGAAUCGCGCUCAACUCUCACUGGGCUGAGCCCUCGGACCCCUCCGGAUAUCGGGACGUGGAGGCGGCCUACCGUUCCCUGGAAUUCACGUUAGGAUGGUUUGCGCAUCCCAUAUUUGUGGACGGGGACUACCCGGCAACUCUGAAGAGUCAGAUUGACAAAAAGAGCAAAGAGUGUCCUCAUUCCAAACCUGCCUUCCUGCCAGGUUUCACUCUUGAAGAAAGUCGACGGAUCAAUGGAACAGCUGACUUUUUUGGACUCAACCAUUAUACAAUGCGGCUGAUCAACAGCAGUGACGGAGGUUGCGCCGCAAGUCUGCAAGGGGUGGGUGACUUCCAAUCCCGUGUGCACCCAUCUUGGUCUCCGACAACUUCGGACUGGAUCUACUCUACACCCUGGGGACUGAGAAGGCUGCUUAACUAUAUCGCUGCGGAGUACCUAAAGAUGAAAAAAGUACCUGUGUACGUAACAGGCAAUGGCAUGCCAGAGUAUGGAGGGGACCCCCUAAAUGACACCAGUAGGGUAGACUACUUAAGGAGGUACAUCAAUGAAGCUCUUAAAGCAAGACUCCUUGAUGGUGUGGAUGUGCGCAGGUUCACCGUGCAGUCACUAAUGGACGGAUUUGAGGGGAGACAAGGCUACAGCCAAAGGUUUGGGCUGCACUACGUCAACUUUGAGGACUCAGACAGGCCGAGGACCCCGAAACAGUCAGCAUACUUUUACUCACAGGUUAUCAAACAAAAUGGAUUUGCUCUCAGUCUUCCAGAUGGUUUGGACGUGAGGCCGACACAGUUCAAGCCUCCCUCAAAAGCGUUACCUCCUUCAGAGGUUCCGUCCAAGUCCAAGGUUACGUGGGAGAGAUUCUCCCACCAGUCCAAAUUUCACCGCCAGACCUACCAUUAUGGCACUUUCCCACCAAAUUUCACCUGGGGAGUAUCAUCUUCCGCUUACCAGAUUGAAGGGGCCUGGAAUGCGGAUGGGAAAGGAACAAGUAUUUGGGACACGUUUGCCCACAAACCAGGCAGUAUACCGGGUAACGCCAAUGGAGACGUGGCCUGUGAUAGUUACCACAGACUCCAGGAGGAUCUCUACAUGCUGCGAGCUCUGGAGGUGAAGUCGUACCGAUUCUCCUUGUCCUGGUCCAGGAUCUUCCCGACUGGUCUGCGAAGUUCCCUGAAUCGAAAGGGUGUUGACUUUUACAACAGGGUCAUUGAUGAACUUCUGCUCAACGGCGUCACACCGAUGGUGACGUUGUACCACUGGGAUCUCCCUCAGGAGUUGCAAAACUUGGGCGGCUGGGAGAAUUCAAGCACGACUGACAUUUUUGCCGAUUUUGCGGAUUUCUGCUUCUCCACCUUUGGAGACAGGGUGAAGUUUUGGUUGACUUUCAACCAGCCGCACACCAUCGCAUGGUCAGGGUAUGGACUCGGACGGAUUCCCCCAAAUGUUAGGCAGCCAGGAAGUGCCCCGUAUAGAGUGGCACACAACCUCAUAAAAGCCCAUGCCAAAGCUUACCGUAUCUACGAUGAAAAAUAUCGCAAAGCCCAGGAUGGCCUCGUUUCGCUCGCCCUCGGUUCUGACUGGGUAGAACCAAAGGCCGUCAACGUUCUUCGAGAAGUGGUGGCUGCCGACCGUGCUAUGCAGUUUCAGUUGGGUUGGUUCGCCCACCCCAUUUUUAAGAACGGCGACUAUCCCGACGCGAUGAAGUGGCAGGUUGGAAACAAGAGCGAACUGCAAGGUCUGGCGGAGUCCAGGCUACCAGAAUUCACAGAAGAGGAGAGCAAGUCCAUCAAGGGAACCGCCGACGUGUUCUGCUUCAACCACUUCACCACAAAGACAGUAAGCCACGCCACGGCUCGGCUUGCGCCUCCGUCCUACGAAUAUGAUCGGGACCUGGCAGAAGAAGAGGUUGGCGAUGCACCGAGCACGGCCAUCCAAAACCAGAGGGCUGUGGCUUGGGGCUUAAGGCGACUCCUCAACUGGGUCCAAGCUGAAUACGGAGAUCCGGAGAUUUACAUCACUGACAAUGGGGUUGCCACGGACUCAAAGACAAAGUGGGAUGAUGCGGCAAGAGUGUUUUACUUCAAAACCUACAUUAACGAGGCUCUCAAAGCGUACGAUCUGGACGGCGUGAAACUGAGAGGCUACACGGCCGCCUCUCUCAUGGAUUCAUUCGAGUGGCUGGAAGGCUUCAAAGUAGGAUUUGGGCUGCACCACGUCGACUUCCAGGAUCUGAACCGCCCAAGAACACCCAAGUACUCCGCUCAUUUCUACCAUCGAGUGAUCAAGGACAACGGAUUUCCCAUGCCAGAGGAUGAAAAAAUACUUUACGGAAAUUUUGCCAAAAACUUCAUCUGGAGUACUGCAACAGCAUCCUAUCAGAUCGAAGGAGGAUGGAGGGCCGAUGGAAAAGGUCUGAGCAUUUGGGACAGGUUUGCCCACACGCCUCUACGAGUGUUCAAUGACGAUAACGGCGACGUCGCCUGCGACAGUUACAACAAAAUAGACGAGGAUGUUUCCAUGUUGAGGCAACUCAAGGUGACGCAUUACCGCUUCUCCAUAUCCUGGCCGAGGGUUCUUCCCGAUGGCACCACCGACUACAUCAACGAAGCUGGACUGAGUUACUACAGUCGCCUGGUGGACGCCCUGCUUGAAGCCAACAUCCAACCUCAUGUCACUCUGUACCACUGGGACCUUCCUCAAGCUCUGCAGGAUAUUGGCGGCUGGGAGAAUGAAACCAUUGUGCUCAAAUUCCGGGAUUACGCCAACCUCAUUUUCAGACGCCUUGGUCACAAAGUCAAAUUCUGGAUUACCAUUAAUGAACCGUACAACAUCGCCAAUGUGGGUCACGGGUACGGAGCCGCUGCACCGGGAAUUAGUUUCCGGCCGGGCACAUUGCCGUACAUCGUGGGCCACAACUUGCUCAAAGCUCACGCCGAGGCCUGGCACCUGUACGACGAUGAGUACCGCAGCAAACAGGGCGGGAUCAUCUCCAUCACCAUCAAUUCCGAUUGGUCGGAGCCCAGGAACCCGUACAAGCAGGCGGACGUCGACGCCGCCAGGCGUGUGGUGCAGUUCUACAUCGGCUGGUUUGCGCACCCCAUCUUUAAGGGAGACUACAGCGAUAUGAUGAAGACCAUCAUCCGAAAGAGAAGCCUGGAAGCGGGCCUGCCCAAAUCUCGGUUGCCGGAAUUCACCGCCCAAGAGGUAGAAAGAAUCAAGGGCACUUUCGAUUACUUUGGAUUCAACCAUUACACUACCGUGCUGGCCUUCCCCGUGGACUUUGGGAACCUUCAGCAUUACGAUGCCGAUCGAGGCGCAGGGACAAUCGCGGAUCGUACCUGGCAGGAUUCUGGCUCAUCCUGGCUCAAGGUCUCUCCGUUCGGAUUCCGGAGGAUAUUGAACUUCAUUAAGGAGGAAUAUGGAAAUCCUCCGAUUAUCAUCACUGAGAACGGUAUCUCGGAGCGAGGGCCCGUGGAUUUGAAUGAUCUCCACAGGAGCCACUACUACGAAAAGUACAUUAACCAGCUUUUGAAAGCUUAUGUGCUGGACGGCGUGGAUAUUCGGGGCUACACGGCCUGGUCGUUGAUGGACAACCUGGAGUGGGCCACGGGAUUUUCAGAAAGGUUCGGCCUCUUCUACGUCAAUCACUCGGACCCCAAACUUCCUCGGGUGGCCAAGACCUCCGUGGCCACCUACGCCACCGUCAUCGCCUGCAACGGAUUCCCAGACCCGGCCACCGGGCCCCACGAGUGUCUCGACCACGAGGCGGAAGGGACAACGAGUGCGCCCGCGACGUCUCUUCCACCCGUCGCCCCCGUCAACUUCCUGGGGAUCGCGCUCUCUGCUCGAGACGCCGAGAUCGGCCUCAACGCGCUGCUUGCUCUUCUCGCCGUCGCCGCCGCGCUCGGUGCCGUUUGCGCAUCGUUUUAUUUCUUGAAGACAAGGAGGCGUUUCGAGGAAAUUUGUUUGACACCCAAUAAUGAAUAACAUUUGUUAUCUACCGCGUAGCAAGGAAAUCACGGUUUCAACUUUGGAGCGACCGGUCGAGUACGCAGGUCGUCCUUCCCGUUAGUUUGUUUGGACUUCAAGUUCAAAGCUUGAAAACUUGGCCCCGAAUCCGCGAACGGCUUCUUCCCAAACGUUUAGUCCUCAAAUAAUGAAACAAAUAAAGCAAUGGUAAAG